GGCUGCGGGGGCGGACGGCCGCCUGCGCAUGUCCAGGCUGACUGCACACGCGGUCGGGGGGCCUGAAGAAGGAAAGCUGGUCACCCGCCACCCAGAGUCGGGCCUUGGCGCGAUCUGGGGUCGAGCUCCGGGGAAGGGGCCCACCCUUCCCACACUCACCCCGCCCCCCACUUCUGAGCUCGCCGGCCGAACCGGAGCCUCUUCCUCCUUCUAAGCCCCUCCGGACCUCCCCGGGAAGCCGAGGGCGGGUGUGGACGGGACGAGGUGGAACGAAUUUUGUAGCUCAGACGGCGGCCCCGGUGGCUUCGGGAGUCGGGGCACGCCCAGCUAGCGAAGCCGGGCGGGGCGGAUGAAGCCCGAGCUCCAUCUCGGAAGGAUCCCGUGUCUUGGUGGCUGCUAAUUGGCGCGUAGCAGCUCCUUGGGAGCCCCUUCUGAAACCACCCACGGAAAAAGAUGCCUGCCUCCAACAGAUUGUUUUCCCUCUUUUCUCUCGUGCUCAUCUUCUGGGUCAAUGUCUGCUUCCCCGUGUGUGUGGAAGUGCCGUCGGAGACGGAGGCUGUUCAGGGCAACCCCAUGAAGCUGCGCUGCAUCUCCUGCAUGAAGAGGGAGGAGGUGGAGGCCACCACGGUGGUGGAAUGGUUCUACAGGCCCGAGGGCGGUAAAGAUUUCCUUAUCUACGAGUAUCGCAAUGGUCACCAGGAGGUGGAGAGCCCCUUCCAGGGACGCCUACAGUGGAAUGGAAGCAAAGACUUGCAAGAUGUGUCCAUCACUGUACUCAACGUCACCUUGAAUGACUCUGGCCUCUACACUUGCAACGUGUCCCGGGAAUUUGAGUUUGAGGCGCAUCGCCCCUUUGUGAAGACUACACGGCUGAUCCCUCUCCGAGUCACCGAGGAGGCCGGAGAAGACUUCACCUCUGUGGUCUCAGAAAUCAUGAUGUACAUCCUCCUGGUCUUCCUCACCUUGUGGCUGCUCAUCGAGAUGAUAUAUUGCUACAGGAAGGUCUCAAAGGCCGAAGAGGCAGCCCAAGAAAACGCGUCGGACUACCUUGCCAUCCCAUCAGAGAACAAAGAGAACCCUGCGGUACCGGUGGAGGAAUAGAGAAGGGAUGUGACUUGAGGUGAUGUUCAGAGAUGGGGAGGGGAAGGUGGCUAAGGAUGUGGCAGGUGUACAAGUGACUGUCAGCCACAACUGCAAGUGUCUUUAGAUUUGGUCCCUUAGAUUUCUACUCUACCCAGUGUCCUCACCCUCAGGGUACUGCUUGAAGUUGAUUCCCAAGUCACAAAGCUCCAUGUGAUGUCAAGCCCUUUAGAAAGUGAACUGCUUUGGCCCAACUGUAGGGGCAACGUGAGCUCCUGACCCAUAGUGAGCGAAAGUAUUUCCCCCACCCCUGCCUUUGCAAGAUUCAUGGAUUUGGUCAGAGAGUCCUUGGCUGGGCGAAACUGGGCUAGGCUGGAAAUUCUCAGUGAGUUGUUUUAUCAUUGGUAGGUGGCCUGAACCCCGAGGGACUGGAAAGCCCAGGUUCAGUGAUGUCAACAGCAUCAGGCGGGUGCCUCAGGGGCCACAUUGCUUCCCUUCACGCAUCCAUCCUUCUAUUCAUUCAUCACACAUCCACUCACCUCUGAACAUCCACCUCCUGACUUCCCAACUCCAUCAGACCUCUACACACUGUAAGACUUGGCCAGAACCAAGGAGCCAGCAUUUCUACAUGGACUCAACCUCCCCGUCCUAGCUUUCAAGGAAGCAGCACCCACACCAACUGGACUUCUCCCCUGUGCUCCACAUGACUUUGCACAAGUGCUGGGGGUGGCACAUCCCUCCCUGGCCCCCAGCUGGUGGAAACUGGCUCAUUCUCCAUGGCUGGAAGUGAAUGGAUGUCUUAAUGGAAGAAGCAGGAUGAUUCAUUUGGGUUCAAGCAAUAGUGUCAUGAAGUGAGGAUUCCUGCAAGUCAGUUGUUUCAUAUUCCUGGCCCACUCGGCUAAACAUCAGAGCAAAGCGUGCCUUCCUAGGUUCUCCAAUGAUAGGAAGUCCACUGAGCAUGGACUGAAUAGCUCUCUGGAGUGUGGUACUCAAGGGCCUUAUCCCGGUAGGUCUGUAAGGCCUAGGCUGGUCUCAGUUCUUCAAGCCAAGGCCAGGAGAGUUGAGAAGAACUGAUAGCAACUUAAGUAGCUCCUUAAAGUCAACCAACAUGUUGAUGAUCUUGGGGUAACAUCUAUGUGCCCUUCCCAGGGAACAUACCACCUGAGAGAGCUAGGAGGCAUUAUUUUCCUGUGGGUGUUGGAACUGAAAUUCCGAAGUUCUUCCUCUCCAAAUUUCUGUGGAUCAGUAUUAUUCCUCGUUUUACAGGAGGCAGCUGAGGCUCAGACAGGGUUCACUGAGCAAAAGACUUCAGAGGAUAAACUGAGGCAGAGACAAGCCUUAGGUGCUGCCCAGCGGACACUUUGAAGAUGGGCUGAUUGUUCUUUAGACAGGCUUUGAACUGAGUGUGGCUAUAGCUAUGCCUCUUCCAAAAGCACAGAUUGAGGUGGAUUGCCUGGCUGAGGUUGACUCUGGUAGGUUUGGGUAACUGGAAACUGACUAAAAAAGGUAGAGAGAAGGACGAGGGGGACUUGAGGAAUUUCGUUAGUGAAAAGAUUUAUGAAUCUGAAACACGCUGCAGAAGGCAACUGCCUCUAGGAAUCACAUUUAAACUAGGAAACAUGCUUCUUAGUCUGACAUGGAUAAGUGACUGAGUGAAAUGACAGGGGAGGGAUGGGCUAGCGGCUUCCGAAUAUUUCACCUGUGAAUCAGAAUGCCUAGGUUAUUUUUUUUCUUCUUCUAGAUUUUGGGAGAGCAGAGGUACACUGGAAACAUUUCAGUGUCUUGUGUCGCAUUUUAAUUGAGUGACUGGUCCAAGUAAUAAGGGAGGGGGGGUGCUCUAUGAGAUAUGACGACAGUUAAGGGGAGUCGAUGAGCUAGUUACCCUCAGAUCUGGGGGAACUAGUAGUGAAAAGAUCAUACCUCACUGGCCUUGGGCCUCACUUAACAAGCUCAAUUUCUUUUUUUUUCAUCUCUUCCAUCCCUGGGGAAGUCCUUGAGAUAAGUCCUUGUUUAUAUAUUCAAAAGUCUAAUUUUAUUGAAGAAAAAACUUUGUCAAGACAUUUCUCGUUGGUAAUUUCCCACACAAUCCCUCUGAAAUAAGGGACAGAACAUAGAUCAUUUUUCUUACUUGAUAGUUAGGAAAACAGGCCUGGGUUACUGUGAGGUUUUCCCAGUCACAUGGCUGGUUGAUGGCAGAGCUUAUAGUAGAAGCAAGCUACUUCCUGCCACGCCACCUCCCUCUUGCUUCCAGUAGACAAUGCAUCUAAGUUAUAAUGUAAUAUGCAUGAUUGCCUUUUUUUUUAAAAAAGUCCAACCCAGACGUUUCCUAAUUUUUAAUGAGCUGAAGGCACCUAUCAUUUUUUCUUACCUUUUACAAGUAAUCUUUUCCUUUUUCUAACUUCUCAACUCUUCUCAUCCUUAAUACUGUCAUCUGAGCUAUACAAUUCACAAAGCAUUUUCAUUUCACCUAUUUCUUCUUCACAACUAGCCCCGUGAGGCAGAUACUGCUGAUACGUAGUGCAUGAAGAAACUGAGGCUAGGUAGCUUCACCAAAUCCUAUGUUCAUUGUUGGUACAUGGAGAGCUGGAAUCCAGGCCUACUGACUGUCUGCCCACCUCUCUCUCCACUUAGACCAUAGCUACUCUUUCCUUUUUUGAUUUCUGCCUAGUCGCUGCCUCUCAUCCGUCCUGAGAUGUUCAGCAUCUCCCACCCCUGUUCCUGCUCCACGGCCCCUCGUCCACUUUGUUUUGUGGCAGAUGCUAGACAUGUGCUUUGAGGGUCAAUCUCACUUCGGUUUUCCCUUUCUAGUUGGUUGAUACACCAUCAUUUCUCCUGAAUUACAAUUAAACUCCUUCCUGGGAGACUUGAUCAUGACUAUCAGUCUACAAGGUACUGUGAACACAAGCCUACUUCAAAUCCUCACCCACUCCCCGUCUCUCCCCAUAUUCCUAAAAAGGACCCAGACUAAACAUGCGUUGCUCCAGAAGCUUCAUCGGGCAUGCUCUUCUUGUUAAAGGGCUUAGAAGUGUUCUCAAGGGCUAUUAUCACUUUAGGAACCCCACUUGUUGUCUUGGUGCUGGAUAUUUCUCAUGACUGAUCCUCAGUAACACAAUUCACUGAAGGCCAAGCUAGGCUGGAUCUGAUUUUUCUUUUCUUCCUGCUUAAUAGCCAUGAACUUGAUUGCUCAACUUAGGUGGCCGUGAAAGCAUCUUGCCCUACUCACCUUCUUACUGCCUGCUCAGUCUUAUAUCACAGCCCCAUGUCCUUUGUGGAAGGAUCUUGAGAGUCAGUGCCUGCCUCUCCCCAACCCUUAUUUUCAGAUGAAGCAAUAUCUUUUAGUAUUUCAGUCACAAAUAUCCACACACCCAGAUUUCUGAUUCUUUGAGUUCCCGGUUUUCCUUAGAUACCAAACUAGAAAGGUUAGUAGGAAUUUUUCAAAGCAGAAAUAUAUUCAAAAUAUGUGUUAAGCAGUGAAUGGUUAAGAGACAAUAGCUCCCCCCCACCACCACCACCAAACUAUAUCAAAAAGGGAAAAACACCAUCUCAGAAUCUGUGAGCCCACUUGUCAUAAAUCAGAGAGGAAAGGCUGUGUAACUGCAUCUUUGUAGGAAGAAGAGCUACACGCAUUUCAGAAAUAUCUUAGUUCCUCUUUCCUAGGUUAACUUGGAAAUGGAAAAAUGAAGGAAAAAGAAGAGUCUUCCUUUUUGUAAAUGAAAAAUCCCUAACCCAGGGAAUUCACCUGGUUAUUGCAAAUAUAUUUGAAUAGUCCUUAUAUUCAUUAGUCCCACUGUCAUGCAUCUACAUUUCAGCACCCACUCUGGGUCAGGCACCAAUCUAGACCCUUGGUGUGCCCCAUGGUGUUAGGUAUGGAAAAUAUUACCCAAGCCUUUGAUAAUUUCUAAAAGUCUACUGUGGCAGAUAACUCAUGUUUAGUCCCCCACCACCACCACUUGAGUUUCUAGUAGGAGAUUAUCACUUUAAGCAACUCUGAGUUGUAGAUCAGAUUCAGCCACUGCGCUAGGCCAGCUAAGCCUCAACAUGGGUAACACUCUUGUUUUUUCCCUGAGUCACCAUUUGGCAAGAGCUGCAUCUGCUGGGCAGUGUGUGUGAUGGGGAAGGAGGUCUGUGACAUGCCCUCAAACACAAUGAGCAAAUACAGUCUUGCAACAGAUGGGGCUCUUUACCAUGCUGUUACCUUCACAUUGCUUUUUCUUGAUUUUCCUCAGCCAAUCUUUUUCUGAACUCUGUAGAAAUGUUCCUGACCACCCCAAACUCUCGACAACCUAAUGCCAGUAUGUAGUGUUUUUCAGUAAAUUCCCUGUUAUGUCAAUAAAGUCUCUCUAA